AUGCUCUUGGAGUACGGCAUGCUCGAAAAGGCAGAUCUGGAGGCCCUGUACUGUACAAAUUAUUCAACCCUCGCAGGCUUGAUAUCUUGUGGCUGGCUCUACGCGCUAGCAGUCCUCAAUAUAUUCUUUGGGAUCAGACGCGAUAUCGGAAAAGAUCAGUUUAACCAGCUCAAGAUGGCUGUCCAGCGAGCUGAUACGGCCAUGGGGAAAUACCUCUCGGCCUGCGUCAAUAUGACCGACUCGGAGCGGGACUUUCGACGACAAGCUGCUUUUACCGCGUACCGCCACGUCGAGGAGCACUUGAUCUACCACGCUAGUGCUCCGCAACUGAGAGAGCUCUACGAGCUGCGACAGUGGCCAUCUUUGCCCUCGGCCGAGCUGUUGGAGGUAUUCUUGACUGAAUAG